AUGCUUCUUGCAAAGGGCGCCAGCCCCUUUGAUGCCCCCUCCACCGCCAACCUUCCGUCUGCCCCGGACAGCUCCCCUCAAGCGACGGCCCCGGCGGGCCUCAGCUUCCCCAUCAUGUCCACCGGCAUAACCAGGGCCGUGCCAAGGGGCCAGCAUGCCAGCUCCCUGUCGGCUGCCAUGGUCCUGCCAGCCCCUCAGCGAGCAGCCAGCCUCCCUCCCCCCGGGCCCGAGCGGAAGGAGGUCGUGGUGCCGCGCGUCAGCCCGCAGGCAAGACUGGGGUCGUCCAGCCCUGGCCCCACCCCGCACGUCAGCCCGCAGGCAAGACUGGGGUCGUCCAGCCCCAGCCCCCGGUGGUCCCCCUCCAAGUCCGCCGCGGCGGACAUCCCCCUCCCUGCCGCGCCCGCCGCGGCAGCGCGCUGGACGCCCAAGCCCCCCCGCCCCAGCCCGCGCCACCGUGCGAGGGGCGGCGUCGACGACGACGCCGACAGCUGGGCCUCCACCUCGGACGACGAGUUGAGCUCCUCCGAGGAGGACAGCGUGCGCGCGCGCGUCUGCGCGGCGCGGGCCCUGCUCCUGCGCGCCAGCUCGGCGCCGGUGCCCGCCGGCGUGGUCUGGGGCCUGGCCGACGCGGAGCCGGCGCAAGAUGCCAUCCGGCUCGGCGGCGAGGACGCCCCGGCACCCGCGGGGCCCUCGACGCCCGUGCCUGGAGCGGCGAGCGGGGGCAGUCCGCCGUCGCACGGGGCCGCAGGGGCGGGCUCGGACCCGGCCGCGACGCAGGGCAGCCCCCGCGCGCGGGCGCAUGAGGAGUGGCAGGGCCAGUACGCCGCGUGGCAGGAGUCCUUUGCCGCCUGGCGGCUGGCCAUGUCGGACUGGGCCGCCGAGCACGGCGACGGCCGUGCCGUGGCCUGA